UCUCAAAGGUCAUAAAUGAACGAUAUAAAUCCUAAGCAUCAAAACAUUCAGCUUUUAAAAAAGUUCAGAACAAGAGGAAAUGACCCUCAGCUCUGUAAUCAUCCUCAGAUGAAGCUGUUGGUGUGUGCUAUCAUUGCCCUUCUGCAGCUGGAGGCUCUCUGUGUUCCUGCAUCUGAUAAAAGCAGUCUGCCGGAGACAGAGAAUGGAGCUGUCUUUCUUUCUGGCCCAGAAACACCUCCAGACCCUGUAAGAGGCUCACAGGUUUCCCAUUCACGUGUUCGGCGAGCAGUAGCACGAAAUCUAAAGUGGGUGAAAUGGAAUGACUAUCUACCCUCUGGAGCAAUUGGCAUUUACAAUGACUAUGCUGGGCGAAAUGAAUAUGUCUGUCGUUAUGAAUGUAGUUCAGGUUUCUAUUCCAAAACCAAAGGACCAUACUGCUAUUAUCCCAAUGGUCUCCUAGAGUUCAGAACAAGCUCAUUUGACAUACUGGUUAAAGAAAAUAGCUCUGGGGAUGUUAAAUGGGAAGAAGGUUCUUAUGGUUCUAUCCCCUGGGAUGCAGUUAGAGUGUGUUCAGAGAAGCAUGUAUAUGUGGGCAAGAACAAGUAUGGCCUUGGAAAGGUUGAUCGGAAAAAUAAUGCCUUCUAUCUGCCCUGGGAGGGUGAAGAGUACUGGUACUGGUACUACCAGGUUCUGAGCUACAAGCAUGAUUAGGAAGAAUCUUUUGUUAAUCUUUGGUCUCCUUUCUUAAUUCCUUACUAUGUGGUCACCCUGUAAAAAUCUGUCAAAAUUUACAAUAAAAAAUUUGCAACUUUGGUUGUCAAAACUUUACUU